AUGACGCGUAGAGGAUAUCAACAUUUUGCACCGCCAUCCGAAGUGGCUACAGAGAACCGUCUUCGCUUUUUUGGUCAUAUAUUAAGGAGACCACCAGAUCGCCUCGUUCAACGAGUUCUAAGGGUUUGUCGGACUCAAGCUGGAAGAGGUCUCUUGGCAGAAGAUGGUAGUUGUAGCGAAGUCGCCAAGAGGUCCGCUGUGGCCGCAACGUCGAUGGUACGUAAUCGCCCUGGCGCUGACCAACGCUUUGAUCCCUCCGAGGUCAAUAAACUGGAAGCAGACGUGUCUAGGAGGAUACAAACACAACUCGACUUGACACAACGACUAACCCCCCGCUAG